CCCUCCCACGCCUGCCAGAGUCGGUAACUAUCCGCAAAGAGAAUAUCGUUAGAAUUCUCGAUUGCAAAGUUAUCCCAGAACUGUGUAUCCCUCGUCUUUUAACUAAGUUUCGGAGGGACCUUUUCUGUGGAGAGCUUCCGAGACUCACAUGCUACGUGUGCAUGAUAAGCAGCGUCACUCACUCCUUUAUUCGACCAACUAAUAUCAUUCUUUCUGAUUAUUAUAGGUUCUUGCAGUCGCUCUUGGAGAUUCUGCUUCAUGAUCUUUCGGCACUAGGUUUCCUUUUUGCCGUUAUGUUCAAGCGCCCUUUCGCAACUAAGAACCGGGCGGGAAAGAACGCCAAGGUUGCUAAGAAGAGACACGAAGAGCAGGCGAAGGAGAAGGCGCAUCAAAAGAUGGACAGUCUCUCGAUGGGAAGUCCGCUGACCAGCCCCAUCGUUACGAUGAUUGUGGGCGGGGAUCAGCGUCUCUUUGCCGCCCAUGAGGAUAUUCUAUCCAUGUCGCCAUUUUUCAGUGCCGCCCUCAAGGAGCAGUUUCUGAAAGAUGGUGCUAAGGAACUGACUUUGCCCGAUGAAGAACCUGAAAUCCUGUCAUGCAUUCUCGAGUUCCUGUACAAGGGCGACUAUUUCCCCCGCUUGCUCCACGGUAAGCGUCGCCACUCUUGGUCCCUCGAGAACGCCCAGGAUGUCAACGAAACUGGUGGCCGCGGGUCGAGCGAGGCAACCUUCUUCCACCCUGGAGUGGGAGAUAUUGUCCUCCGUGAUACCGUGGUGUACUGCACCGCCGAGAAAUACGGCCUGGAAGAGCUCAAGCGCAUUGCUCUCCGAAAGCAGGGCCUCCAGAGUGGAAUCCCAGCCGAUGUGGUAUUGCGAUCUGCUCGAUAUGCAUAUGAUAACACCCCGGAGACUGAUUCCCGACUGCGCGCUCAUUAUCUGGCUCUCAUCAUCCGCACCCGCAAGACCUUCAAGAGCAGCGGAACUUUGCAGAUGGAGAUGGAGAAAGGCGGCAAGUUAUUUUUCGAUUUGUUUGUGGCGAUGUGCAACCACAUGGACGACCUCUCGGAAUUGCGGUACGAUCCACCUUCUCUCUCGUUCUAGAACCCUUCCUUUACUACUGACUUCUCGUCCAACACUGAGCCAUGAGUGCUUACACUCCCACCUAUUAGCACCAAGCGAUCGCCGAGAUUCUUCUAGGCGGUAGUCACAUUUCCUUUGUAUCAGAUCGCGCCACUUGGAAUUUGAAAUUGAAAUUGAACAAGGGAGGCGUACGUUUUUUUAUGAACCAAAUUGGCACAUUGGCAACGAAUCUGAACUCCUGGUCUGCGUUCUUGCUUUGACAGCAGAUUGACCUUCACUUCUUUCGAGGUUGGCCGCCCUUUGGUUUGAAGAACCAGCCCUAUUCAUUUUUAAUUGGAUCCCUGGCGUACGGUAACCUGCGUUGGACCACUCCACACUCCUUGACUUUGGCCAUGUUUUGGCCCCAUCAUUGACAAUCUCUGCUUGUUCUGUUGCGUUGAUGUGUUGUUGCAUUUAUUUUCAUGUAUUCAAUCCCUGAGGCAGCGGCAUCAUCCCCACUGCAUUAUCAAGUCUUGGAGCACACGUCGAUAUGGUGAUUGAGAAACAGAAAUCGAGAAAUACGGCCACC